UCGCGACCAUGGCCUUUCCUUACCUGCUUGUCCCCACCCUUGCUCAUCAUGAGCCAGGUCGGAAGUGCUCCGACAGACGGCCUCCAUGACACAAUACACGUCUUGCCCCAGGCACAUCAUUCGGCCCAGCAAGAGACAGAGGCUGGGGUAGGCGUCACCGGUGAUGCUCCGCCCCAAGCACCAGCUCGAAAGAGCCAUUUCCAAUGCGGCACUUGCCAGCAGGCGUUCACUCGUCUUGACCAUCUGGCACGUCACGUGCGCUCGCACACGAAGGAAAAACCGUAUGCUUGUACUCUUUGCAGCAAACGCUUCGGUCGAGUUGAUCUGCUUCGUCGCCAUUCUGCUCUUCAUGGCGCCAAUGCCGACAUUAGGCGGGAACCGAGCGUAGGCACAGCCGCCGAGUUGCCCCUUAGCAACAAGCGUCUAAAAACAGCCAAACGAACCGCAUCAGUCACGCGCGUGUCUCGCGCCUGCGACGCUUGCGCGGAGGACCAUCUAAAGUGCGAGGACAGCAAGCCUUGCACUCGCUGUCGACAAAGAGACUUAGAGUGUCGUGUGUCAGCGAAGGCUCCCAACGAUGACACGAGUGUUACGCACGAGCGUGCUCCUGGCUUGCUCUCACCCCACAGGACCGCAGCCUUGGUCUGCGGCGACUCUACUGUGCAAGUUGCCCCCAGCGUGUCGGCACCCAACAUGCCGGAUCCCUUUCCAGCGGCGCUUCACAUUUGGCCGGAAGGCGGCACUGACGAUGUUCUUGCCGACGGGCCAAACACCUUGCGCCCUCCAUCAGCCGCAGUCCCAGAGUAUGCCACCUUUGGUGGCGCAGAUUGCUUCAAUUUCGGCGCUCGCCCCUACGACACCGCACCUCCGAGCGGCAUAAGGACUCCACGAGGGUUGACUGACUUUGGCCUUGAGACCGACCUUGAUUUCAGUUUACUGGAUCUCAGCUUUCUUGAUACGUAUAGCAGCAAGGUUCCGUUCAAGUUUGGGGCUGCCUCACAGCCUCCCUCGCUAUCUGCUCAGGACGCAAGUGCUGACUUGGUCUCUCCUACGACCGACAACCCUAUCGGUGGGCCUCAAAGCAAAUCGAUUUGGCGUUUCAUUCCGGCGACCAAAGAUCAUGGCUUUGCGGAACAGGAGAAUCUUUCACUGCCCGUCCGGCUUGAGACGUGCGACACUCCCGAAAGCCUGGUGGGACUCGAACGAAGGGCAACCACUGAACGACUGGAUUUGAAAGCACGAGACAAGAUUCUCGCCAUAGUAUUGAGCCAAAUGAGACCUCACUUGUCCCCAGCCCUUAGUGCGUUUCCGUCUCUGGAGCUGCUAGACAGCUUGAUACAAUACUUCUUGACAGUCUCGUUCUCUGGGGCCAUCGCAUGGAUACGCAGCGGCCGAUUCCGACCAAACGAGGCGUCCGCAGAGCUUUUGCUUGCAAUGGCCGCUGCUGGAGCCGUUCUUGCCCCUGACCCAUCAUUGCAAAAACUCGGAUUCGCUAUUCAAGAGGUCAUUCGCAAUCAUUUACCUACCAUCUUUGAGGCAGACAAUACCAAGAUUCUCGACCUGCAACUCCAGCAGACCUUCAUGCUGCAUUUAGAGAUUGGCUUGUGGAGCGGCAAUAGCCGCAAGAUCGAGAUCUCCGAAAGCUUUCAGCAACCUCUACUCACGAUGCUUCGCCGGAGAGGUCGGUUCUCACGCUCGACUUACCUUGAUGUUACCGUGCAGGCAGAGGACCAGGGUCACGUUCUUGACGCUAAGUGGCAGAAAUGGAUCGAGCAGGAGACCUGCAAACGCUUGGUGUACCGUCUUCUACAAUACGACGCCCAAUGCUCCAUGGCCCUCUGUAAGAACCCGCUUAUAUCAUACGCUGAGAUGGCGCUGCCCCUACCGGCCCCGCAGGAAAUAUGGACGGCAACUUCCGCAAGCGAGUGGAAGAUUGUGUAUCUCGCUCAUGCACCGACAGGCUCAUAUUGUAUCCCUUCUCUGACGGAAUGCCUCUGCAACUUGGACCAUCUGGAGACUUACGCCGGUGUUGUCGAUGCAACGGCGUCCCGUGCCGCGUUGCUGCACGUCCUGUGGGGUCUGGUAUGGGAGUAUCGUCAAUCGAGCACCCUGUUUCGCACUCGCCCUAGUCUGUGGGACAGCCAACUGAUCAUGACAUCAAGAUACCAGGAGCUGUGCAAGAUCCUCGAUUACUUUCGCCUCAGUAUGACUUACGACAAUAACUUACUACUCGAGGUAGUUAUGAUGCACCUGCAUCUUUCGCUCGACGAAAUUCAUCUAUUUACGGGGUUAGACAGUUCUGACGAGGCACAGUGUGUUCCUCCGUCCAUCGUCGAAUGGGCCGGCAGUCAAAGAUCGCGACGCGCUGUGUGGCAUGCCGGCCAGGUUGUCCGCGCUGCCAGAGCUCUCCCUGCUAUGCAUCUCCGGGACUUCAAUGCAGUUGCACUGUACCAUGCAGGGCUGGCAUUCUGGGCAUAUGGACGGACCUUACCCAUCACUAAGCCAGAUAUUAAUUGCGGUUCCGAUGCCAAUAUUGUGACCGACGCUCCGACAAUCCAACCUCAGCAAAUUGUUUUCCUCGACUUGGAGGAGAACGCGGCUACCAAGAAGUUUCUGGCUCUCGGACGUGGUGUCCCAGCCUUACGUGACCAGACUUCAGCGAAGCCACACGUCCUUCUUAAAGAAGUGCCGAAUGUGUUGCGUGUUAUUGCGAGCAUCAUGAAGGGCACUGACACUCAGCCUACAAUGCAGACCUCUCCUUUGGUGGAUAACUUGAUUCAGCUCAUAAAGAGGUUGCAGAACGAACAGCACUGAUAGGACGUACAUUGAACCUCGGCAUAAGCAUGUCCACAACAGAGAGUAAUGCUAUCACAUUCGAGUCUAACCUGUAUGCCGUGAGGCAGCCCGGUGCCGGACACUCACUUGCGCUGAAACACGUGCCUUAGCAACAGACGAACCCCAUAAUAACCCACAGCCCCCACUGACAACGUGGCCGGCAGUAUGAUAAAGGUCAGCACUCCAGUUUGAAUUCCUUGUUCGAAGAAGCCUAUUUGGCCCCCCUCGAAACGCUGCGGGUUCGACGACAGCUUUGUGCUCACGUGUUGCAACUUUGCCUGGAUCUCUGGGGUAUUGGAUGUAGCCUCGUGAAGUGCUUGGUGAAUGAAGUCGGACCAUGUUGACUUGCUGACGUAUUGUGGACGCGGCCGAGAAAGUGUGCUAAUGGGGUAUCGG